AAAGGUCCGGACACGCACCUGCUGAACUCGCAUCGCGUUCCGUUCCUGUCCUCCUCAGGCUUCCGUACCAAAACAAGGAAGGCAGAAUAUAAAAGACUAGAGCCUCAAACAGAAAACAAUAAGAGCUCUUUAACUAAUGAGACCAGCGGAGUUAUUACUUAAAACAUUUUAUAUUUUAUAUUUAACUUUAAGUUAUAAUGUUGACGUUUCCGUUUCCGUAACGUUAGCCGCCGAAACUCUCAGCUAGCGAGGCUAACUGGUUAGCGUGUUAGCAUGUGAGUGAGUUAGCAUGUUAGUUAGCAUGUCAGUGAGUUAGCUAUUAAAAGUCAGUUAGUUAGUUUUAUAUUAAAGUCUUGAAAUGGUCCAGAGCAUGUUCCGGCCCGGGUUCCUGGUCCGGGCCACACACACCCUGCUAACCUGGGUCAUUACUCUGAAACUGUUCCUCCACAACACAGAUCUGCGGAGGUGUGAGGAGGAAGGAGAGCUUCUGCUGCCCGUCCUCUUCCUCCUCGUGGUCGUGCUGUCGGUGCUUUUAUACUUCGCCGUCUCUUUAAUGGACCCCGGCUUCGUCCUCUCCGACACCGCCAAGGGGUCAACCGAGGAGAUGGAGUCGAUGAUCCCUGAGUCUGCGACCCCUCGGCUGCGUCGCUGUGGAUACUGCCUGCUGCAGCAGCCAAUGAGAGCCAGGCACUGCCAGACGUGCAACCGCUGCGUGCGCCGCUUCGACCACCACUGCCCGUGGCUGGAGAACUGCGUGGGCGAGAGGAACCACCGCUGGUUCAUCGUCUACCUGGUGGUGCAGCUGCUGGCUCUGCUGUGUGCCCUUCACAUCGCUCUGUCGGGUAUCUCCCCCAGCGUCUCGUGGGAGCUCUGGUUCUGGUCCAACGGCUUCCUGCUGGCGGUGGUGGGCGUGGUCAGCGUCCUCUCCGUGGUGGUGCAGCUGCUGCUGGGCUGCCACCUCUACCUGGUCUCCGUCAACUGCACCACCUGGGAGUUCAUGUCGCGCCACAGGAUCUCCUACCUGAAGAACUGCGGGGACGAGGAGAACCCCUUCGACCGCGGAGUCUUCUGCAACCUGUGGGACUUCUUCUGCAUCUGCAGGACGGUGAUGUGGGAGAAGAUCUACCACAAGAGCGUCCAGGACUCGGUCUGAGGAGAUCCAGAGUCAGACUCACAGAGGAGGAAAGGGUUCUUUAACUUUAACAAAGAUCUGGUUUUCUGGAUUCCCCCCUUUGAGGUGGAUCUGUAGAACUCAGUUUGACCAUGAAGUGCUGCAAAGUGCUGCAAACAGUCUGCAUUCAGGUCCCCGCUGACUGACUCCUCCACACUGAAGUGCUAACGCGGGUCUGUGAGCAGCCGUGUAUAUUCAGCCAACAUGUAAACAUUAGAUCAACGUGCCGGACGGCCGAGGCCACACCCACUUCAUGAGGGGGCGUGGUCAGAGAGAAAACAGCCUGUUCUGAGCAGGGCUGAAAAAGAGGGGUUUACAGGUAGACCAGAAUCUGAUUUCAAAGUGUUUUUAUGAGCAUAAACUUUAAAGACAUGUUUUGGGGACCUCUUAGACCAAUAUAUGUUGAUGAAAAAGAGCAGAAUAUGUCACCUUUAAGAUUUUUAAGAAGUACUUCAGGACUUUAACUCAAGUAAUAAUCUGACAGAGCAACUUUCACUUGUAUUGGAGUAAUAUUUGACCUGGAGGAUCUAUACUCUGAUUUAAGUAAUGAAGCUGUGUACUUUGUCCAUCACUGACUGAGAGCAUGUUUAAUCUUUAAAUGAUCUUGUUGUUGUUGUUGUGUAAAGGCAGCAGCGUUAAUGAUUCCAUUUACUGUAUUUUAUCAACAUUGUUUGUUUGUUUGUUUGUUUUCUGUUGUGAAUGUUGUGUUUUAACAGUCUCACAUGAUUCUGACUCUCCAUCGUUUAUAUCUCAGGAUUCAGGAAGCUAACGGGGAACAGACCAAACUCUCCCCUUGUUGAUUCAAACGUGUUCUCCCCCUCAGGUGAGGUCACCCCCCUGACGGGCGUGUUGACCCGACACUUACUGCCUUCGCGUCUGUGUCGUGACUGUGCCUUUAAUUUAACGUGAAGCCUGCUGACUGCAGCGAUGACUGUUCCCUGCGUGUGAAUAUUCAACCUUUUUUACUGUGUCUGUUCUGUUUGUAUUUAUUGUGAACAAGAGAACAUUAAAACACUGAUGAUAUGC